AUGGGUCUCCUCGCCCUUGUCGAAGACAGGCCUACGCCAAAGGAGGUGUACAACUGGCGCGUAUACGCUGCUGCAUCAGUCGCGUCUUUUGCAUCUUGCAUGAUUGGCUACGAUUCUGCUUUCAUUGGAACCACAUUGGCGCUGCCAUCCUUUGUCUCCGAAUUCAGACUGGCUGCACCGAAGCAGAUCUCCGCUGCGGAUCUUGCCCUGCAAAAAGCGAACAUCGUUUCCGUGUACCAGGCUGGUGCUUUCUUCGGCGCUUUCGGUGCAUAUAUCUCCUCCUACUACCUUGGACGCAGAAAGACGCUUCUUAUCUGGACUCUAGUUUUCAUCCUCGGCGCGGGAAUGAUGCUUGGCGCGAACGGCGAGCGAGGACUUGGCCUCAUUAUCGGUGGCCGUGUUUUGGCCGGUCUCGGUGUUGGUGCUGCCAGUAACAUGGUUCCCAUCUACAUAUCUGAAAUGUCACCUCCUGCCGUUCGUGGACGUCUUGUCGGUAUCUACGAGUUGGGGUGGCAGAUCGGUGGUCUUGUUGGUUUCUGGAUCAACUAUGGUCUCGUUGAGACCAUGGCUUCCUCUACCCGCCAGUGGCAGAUCCCAUUCGCUGUUCAGUUAAUCCCAGCUGGUCUUCUUCUCCUUGGCACUAUUUGGUUGAAGGAAUCGCCUCGCUGGCAAUUCGCUCGUGGCGACCGCGACCAGGCCGUCAAGGACUUGUGCUGGAUUCGCAACCUUGAGCCUACCCACCCUUACAUGGUCGAGGAGAUUGCCGCCAUCGAUGCUGAGAUCGAGCACGACCGUCUCGUUGUUGGUCCUGGUUUCUGGGCGCCCUUCAAGGCUGUCAGGCAGCGCAAAGUGCAGUACCGUCUAUUCCUCGGUGGCAUGCUCUUCCUCUGGCAGAACGGAAAUGGAAUCAACGCUAUCAACUACUAUUCCCCGACAGUCUUCCGCUCCAUCGGAAUCACUGGUACCAACACUGGAUUCCUCACUACUGGACUCUUUGGUGUUGUCAAGACGGUCGUUACCGUUAUCUGGCUCAUGUACCUGAUCGAUCGCCUCGGUCGCACCAAGCUUCUCAUGAUUGGUGCCACUGGUGGCUCAGUCUGCAUGUGGAUCAUUGGCGCCUACAUCAAGCUCGCAAACACUGGAGCAGCCCCGGCCACGGGUGCAAAGCUCUCCCCCGGCGGCAUCGCAGCCGUCUUCUUCUUCUACCUCUGGACCGUUUUCUGCACCCCCUCCUGGAACGGAACCCCCUGGGUCAUCAACUCUGAGAUGUUCUCCCAGCAGACGCGUUCGCUCGGUCAGGCUUCCGCAGCCGCCAACAACUGGUUCUGGAACUUCAUCAUCUCGCGCUUCACACCGCAGAUGUUCCUGACCAUGAGCUACGGCGUCUACUUCUUCUUCGCCAGCCUGAUGAUCCUGUCCGUUCCCUUUGUCUACUUCCUCAUCCCCGAGACAAAGGGUAUUCCGCUCGAGCGCAUGGACGAGCUGUUCGAGAUCAAGCCCACGCACAAGGCGCACGGGCUUAUGCUUGAGCGCCUCCAGGAAAUGGAGACAGUCCGCGAGGGCGGCUACUUUGAGGAGAAGGCCAAGGAUGCUGAUCGCCUCGAGAGCGUCUAA